AGAUGCCGUCGCUUUGCCGGUGCCUCGCGGGAGGUAACGGCACGCGUUACGCUGCUGCGCGGCCGCUCAGUGCUGCGCAGGUGUUCCCAGGCUUUAAUUUCCAAAAGUUCUGACUAUGCUUUAAAAAAAAAAAAAAAACCCUAAUAAUUGCUGCUGCAAAAGCAUAGGAAGCAAUAAAGCAGUGAGCUCUGAGCUGAAGUUUUACCGAUCCGUUUCCCUCCCUCGCUGUGCCCGUGUGUGCGGUGCUGUUCAGGGGGUGCCCGUCUCUCCCUCUGCAAAUGGCACCAAAACCCAGGAUAGAGACGUGAGGCCCGAUCCUGCAAACCUUUCCUUGCACAGGGUCUCACGUUUGCAUCGCCUAAACAAACCCGAGUGAAAACCGCUCGCUUUACCAGCGCAUCGAGUCACGGGUUUCUUAGUGCAGGUGACAUUAAGGACUUGUAUCAUGGAAAACUCCCGCAGCAAAUUGCCAUUGAUUCAAAUGGGAGUAGUCCUGGGCCCUAGCCCGGGGACAGGAAGGUUCACCUCCAGCUAAUCCUGGCUGCGAGAAGUUUAUUUUUAGUUGAGAAUUAGCUGAGGUUCAGAGUAAGCGGCGUGAGGAGCAAUUCACAGUUCACAGUGCCUCUUUCAGGGAACAGCUUCAAAUGAUAUGGGAAAGAAACAAGUGUGCCCUCCUCGUGCCCUCCCUCCAGUGCCAAGUGGAAGCCAAGAUGAAAUUCCACUCAGUCGUCCAAAAAAAAGGAAGCCCAAAGGAAAGACUCCAUUAGAUGGCAUUGUGCAAGCAGCUGUUCGUCGGCAGUCUGAAAGCAGCGAGCCCUUAACUCCUGAACCUCACGAUAUCCCUCCUCAGAGGAAACGCAAGAAGAAGAAAGUACCUGCUGAUUCUGAGACCUCUUUUACCCAGCAGAAUGUUGCGUCCUUGUUUCAGAAUGGAAAUGGCAUGGAUGUCCCGGAAGCUGAGGAAACAGUGAUCCGCAAACAGAGAAAAAGAACUAAGAAACCUCGGCCAGCAGAAAUGCAGUGUUCCAAUGAGCUAGAAGUGGAGGAGGAAGACAUCAUUGAAGAUGAGCACAGAAGGAGCCCAGAUCAGCAGCCUGUGUUUGCUGCUCCUACUGGGAUUAGCCAGCCUGUUAGCAAGGUGUUUGUUGAAAAAAAUCGGCGUUUCCAGGCAGCUGACCGUGCAGAAUUGGUUAAAACCACUGAAAAUAUCAAUGUGCUCAUGGAUAUGAAGGUUUCAUGGACCACCAGAGACGUCGCCCUCUCAGUGCAUCGAAGUUUCAGGGUGAUUGGACUCUUUACCCAUGGCUUCCUUGCUGGGUAUGCUGUAUGGAACAUCAUUGUUAUCUACAUUUUGGCAGGAAACCAGCUUUCCACGGUUUCUAACCUCCUCCAGCAGUAUAAGACACUAGCAUACCCAGCUCAGAGUUUGUUCUAUUUGUUGCUAUCUGUGAGCACCGUCUCAGCCUUUGACAGGAUUGAUCUGGCGAAAGCAUCCGUUGCACUGAGGGGCUUUCUUACCCUAGAUCCAGCAGCAAUAGCCUCUUUCUUGUACUUUGCUGCUCUUGUCUUAUCCUUAAGCCAGCAGAUGACAUGUGACAGAAUUAAUCUCUACACACCACCUUCAGAGAAUGGCAGCAUCUGGACGGCAGGUACAGAGGAAGAAAUUCUUCACCCAUGGAUUGUGGUGAAUUUGGUAGUGUCUAUUCUAGUUGGGACAAGUUGGAUAUUCCUGUCUUACCGACCAGAGCUAGACCACAGUGAAGAACUGAUGUUUCAUGCUGAAAUUGAGGAAUUUCCCCAGGGGGAUAUCUUACCCAGAGUCCAGCCAUAGCGUGGAACGAGCACCUUCAAAUAUUGUAGCUGUGACCGAUGGCUCAACGUUUUCUUUGUAUUGUAGCCAUAUAAUAUACUUUUCGUAAAGCAAAAAUUGUAUUUUUAUAUUGUAUGUAUUUGCUUUUCUUUGAUCUUUUAUGUGUACUAUUUUUAAAAUUUGCAAUGAUGAAUGAAAACUUUUAUACUCUUGCUUUUUGUUUUAUAAAGUAAAUUAUCUCUAGCACAUAAAGUCAAGCUGAUUUUGUAAACAUUGCUGCCUAGAUAGCCAAACGAAAUAGAGGGAUGCAGGAGAUCAGGUAUUCAGUGCUUUUAGACAACUGUACAUUCUUCGACAACCUGCACUUUGUUAUUGAUGCUGGUAUCAGCUUGUACAGUUGAGUUAUCUGCCUUGGCUAAAUGUUUUCUAGAAAUUAAAACAAAUCUCCUUAUGAAGAAAAUAGUUUAAGAAAGGUUAUAACAAAACAAAAUUAGAAAACAUGCAAUAAACGUUUCAAAGUUAACAAGCAUAGAAUAAUCUGGUUUUAGUUGUCAUAAAAAGCGUUUUUCUAGAGUAUGGGUCUGGAUUGUCAAGGACUUAGUUUGAUAAUUCCUUGAAAAAGGACACUUUUCUUCUUCGUAUCUCUUCAUUUAGUUCUCUUGACAAAGGUCCUGACAAUACCAAGUUCUUCUAAGAUGGUGUAGAUGUAAGAAACAGAAGUUUUAAUGUUGCAGCAGUUUGGUCAGCUAAUGAAUACCUAAAAUGUCCUUUAAUCAAGCUGGGCUUUUUGGGUUGCCAAUAGAAAAUACAGGCCAUGUAAUGUGCAACUGUUACAAAGCCAAUCACAGGAAAAGUGUUCUAAUUUCUACUUUUCUUGUAUAGUAUGGUAAGAGUAAUAGCGUUACUUACUGCUCUUUCUAAAGAAACUUGGAAUUCACAGAUGUUACUUCAACCUAUUUUGAUGGAGAAAGAUUUAUUCCAAAAUCGUUUGUUUUGUGUCAGGAGUGGAACAGGAAAUUUCUUCCUAAACUUAGAAGAAAAUGCCUAUUAAAGCAAAAGAAAAACCCUACAGCAGCCCACCUUCUGUGUAGUGACAUCAUGGUGGUGGUGGUAGCGGCAGUUCAUUGUUUUUGAUGACGGCCAAGAUUUUUCUCCUCUGUGUUUCAGUGGCAAAUGUCUGGCAGGACAAGACAAUCUCCUAAGUAAACUACUCUUGCUAGUAAACUAGCAAGAGCUCGUUUAAAAUCCGUUUCUCAAGAAAUAGCACCUAAAGUAUACGUCCUAUUUUUGUAUGUUAUUUAAUAUGUAUUGAUUUUACACUGUUAUGUUUAAUCCAUGUGUCUAAGCGGGUUUGUGAAGGGGAUGCAGUAGUUAAGUUUGCUGCAGAACUACUGCAAUUUGUAGCACUGAAGAUGAGAGUAGCCAGAUGUUAAAGGGGCAGUAACUUUUAAUGCUGUCACCUCUGUUGCUUUAGAGCACGGGUGAGAAGAUGAGUAACGAGGGCUCUUGGUGCCCUGUAGAACAGCUGAGGUCUGUUAUGCUCAUCCAGCACGUUUAGAAAACUCUAAAAUUCAGUGUUCCUGAUGCUUGUAGAACACUGUGAGUAAUCUGGAAUAAGAUGGUUCCACCAAAAUUAAAAGGACAAAAUUAAAGGGACGUUCCAUUGCUGUCAGCCGUAAUUUAGGGCGUUCCCUUUGUUGUGGGAAAGAGCUGUUAACCUUUUUUGCAAAUUGUUAUGGUUCUUGCUUAUGUACUCUUGCAAAACUGCAGAGCUGAAUAAUGGCUCGCACUGCUCUAUGCAUUAUAUACAUGAAAAUGGAGAGGUUAAGGGUGGCGCUCCCUUCAGUGUGGCACUGGAGGCUUUUGUCUCCAUUUGGCUGUAGGAGAUGGGGGAAGAGGCCCUACUUAAUCUUCCCUCGUAGCUUUCCGCCACAGGGGGAAGCGAGCAUAGGACUUUCUUCAGCUGUAGCGUGUUUUCCAGAAUUGCUGAGCUCCCGAAGACGCGAGUAACACUGGCUUCUAGGUCUGUGUGCUGUUUGAUGCUCCUGUCAACUUGGCUCCGUAAGAAGUGUAAUUUUGCCCAUAAAGAGGAAGUAUGGAGCUCGGUGCACAACAGCCCCAAGAUGUCAAAUCGGUUACAGGAAAAGCCUGAAUAACUUAACCGCUCGAUUUUAAUUUCUGACGCUGUUACACUAGAAUUGGCCUUCUAAGUGUCCCUUUGAGAAAGCACACGCUAGCCCAGAGCCAGGUGUGUUUGUUCUUGUUCUGAAGUAUGGGGUUUGCCUCAAUGAUUUGAGCAGAGGUUAAGCUGACGAUCUUAAUGAGGUCAAUAUUUCAAACCAGGCUUGCCUUUCCAGUUUAUAUUUUUGGGAGGGUCUGGGUAUAUUCAUAUUUGAAUUAACAAGCUUUGAAAUUUGUCAUUUAAAAUUACAUAUAAGUAAACAGUUUGUCGGGUAAUUACCUUUUUUACAAAGUACUUGUAAUUCCCUUAAGCUUCACAAUGGAAUGUGAGUUCAGCUGAGAGCUUUUUGCCUAGCUACCUGGAAAGUUUAGAAAUUCUUGAAGUUUACGAAGCAGAUAUUUAAUUACAGGACAUGCAGUAUCUGUAGAAGCCUUAAUUGAAAUGCUUCUGUGUAUUUCCAUACCAUUGUUAUUAAUGCAGGAUUUUUGUGUUAAGCAAAAAUAUUACCAAGAAGUUAGUGCCAAUUUCUCAUUUUUUAAAACACUUAACCGAUCUAAACUACUGUUAAAAAUUACUGUACUACUUUGUGCUGUUUCCAAAUAAUUGGCAUAUUUAAAAUAAAGCAGUCCAACUCA